AUGGCAAGCCCGCAAGAAGCCUCAGACAAUAGUCUCGACGACAAGGCGACUCAACACGUACAAGGCCCACCCACCAACAGUGAUGUCGAAAAGCAGCAGCAGCAAGAACGGCUGGCACAGAAGAAAUCAGUCUAUGCUGGACUAGGGUGGUUAGACCGACUCCUCGUGCUCUGGAUCCUCCUGGCCAUCAUCAUUGGCAUCUUGCUCGGCAACUUUGUCGACAGUGUCGGUCCCGCGCUUCAGAAAGGCAAAUUCAUCAAUGUGUCAGUCCCGAUAGCUGUUGGUCUCUUGGUCAUGAUGUAUCCCAUAUUGUGCAAGGUCAAAUAUGAGACGCUGCAUCGCAUGUUCGCACAUCGGCAGAUAUGGGUACAACUGGGCUUCAGCAUUGUUGUCAAUUGGAUCAUUGCACCGCUUGUAAUGCUCGGUUUGGCUUGGGCAUUCCUCCCAGACAAGUCUGGGCUACGCAACGGUCUGAUAUUCGUGGGUUUAGCCCGCUGCAUUGCCAUGGUCCUGAUCUGGACGGGUCUCGCAGGCGGUGACGAGGAAUACUGCGCCAUUCUCGUCGCCUGCAACUCCAUCCUACAGAUGGUCCUCUACGCACCCCUGGCAAUCCUCUUCGUCAACGUCAUCAGCCACAGCCCAAGCUCUCAGGUCUCAUACUCGACCGUCGCCAAGAGUGUCGGAGUUUUCCUGGGUAUCCCACUCGGAGCCGCCGUCGCCACACGAUUCAUCGUGCGAGCUAUUAACGCCAAAUGGUACGAGCGAACCUUCUUGAAGUACAUCGCCCCAUGGUCUCUGAUUGGGCUUCUCUACACGAUUCUGGUCCUCUUCGCUUCCCAGGGCAAGCAAGUAGUGCAUCAGAUCGUCUCGGUCGUCCGCGUGGCGGCGCCGCUCAUCGUCUACUUCCUCAUCAUCUUCACUCUGACUUUGCUGAUCACGAAGCGUUUGGGGUUUGGGUACAAGCUUGCGGCGACACAGAGCUUCACGGCGGCCAGCAACAACUUCGAGCUGGCGAUCGCUGUCGCGGUGGCCACGUUCGGUGCUAACAGUGACGAAGCAUUGGCGACCACAGUAGGGCCGUUGAUUGAAGUGCCGGUCCUGAUAGCCCUCGUUUACCUGGUCAAAUGGAUUGCUGGUCGAUGGAACUGGCAUGACUAG